UGCAAAACAAAUAUGGCCGCUUUGCCGUCUGUAGAUGUUUAUUGGGAACGUUGAAAAUGUUUUAUAAUUAUAAAUUGCUUGAAUUAAAGUUUAAUAAUUAAUAACAAUUUAUAAUUCAAUUGAAAUUACCUACAACGAUGAUGGAUAAUCCACUAGUGAACGCCGUGACGAGUUGUCCCGCGGGCAGUGCGAUCAUGGACAAAUCGAAAGAAUGGCAGAUGGAAAUGUUGAUGGAAAAGCUGAGAUCAAAAUCGGGGCAGUUUAAGUCAUUUUUCGAAAGUGCCAAAGCAUUAAGGAUGUGUUUACUGGAGAAACGCUACCCGGUGGACAGUUUAGAGCGUAGCCAACUGCACAAAUGUCUGGACACUCUGCAGCAGAAUAUAAAGGUGGCAACACUGCAAGCUAUGGUGGAGCGGCUAGAGAGCGUAUCGCGACAGCUGGGGCUAAAAUUCGUGGCGGGACCCACAGGUUUGGAUUGGUUCAUAUCUUCGGACAUGUUCUAUUUGGAGGUGGUCCUGGAGGCCAGCGGAGCAGUCAAGGAUGUCAAAAUCCACCACGAGGGGAAAGUAGAACAACAGAGUUGUGAGGAAUUAGUCUCCUGCCUGACCCGCCGUGACUUCGCCGACUUUGCCAACCAGCUGGAGGGACUGGCCGGCAUCUACCAGCUGAAUGCAGACAAGAAGGUCAAGUGCAAAGCUUUCACCGCCCUAACUUCACUCGAGGCAGACCUCACCAGUCUGGCAGCUGUGGGACCUGGACCACUUGACAUCCAGGCGCAAGUGCACAGGUCGCUGGUUGGGGUGCUGCAGAAACGCAGGGGAGGCCACCCAAUGAAACUGACCUACUUUGUCAGCCCCUACGACUUGUUGGACACAGAAGCCAACCAGUCGCGACCCCUGACUGUUGACAGUCUACUGGCUGAUGACAAAGUGGGACACAGUGUCACCGUCUGCAUGGAGGGCUCACUGUCGCACAAACUGCAAACUGCCACUCUGGUCACCCUGAACAACCAGAAUAACGGCAAAAUCCCAUCACCGUCCUACACCCCUCUAACGGCCGCUAACAGCGCCAACCUCCCAGCCUGCUUUGCACUGAGACUCUCGCAACCGAUGCCCGUCUGCCUCCAGCUGUUGGACCAAAUCAGACGCGUCAUCAGCGCAGGAGGAGAUGUGGGAGGAGGAGGUGGAGGAGGAGGAGAAGGUGGAACCCAAUGUGCUGUGCAGUUGGUGGGCAGUCAGCAGCCCAUGUUGGCACUACUGGUGGCUAAGGGAGGUGGUGGUGGUGGUGGUGGAGGAGGAGGAGGAGGAGGAGGAGGAAAGGAGGUGACCCCGGUUGAGAAUCGUGGAAUGUUUGUGACACUACCUGACCACACCCAUUGCUACUUCAUGACUGAGAACCGGCAGUUGGAGGGGGUUCUAGUGACCAGUAUACCGUUCAGUCAUCCCUCACAUGUGCCCAAGGUCAUCGCUCUGCUAAGACAACAGGCUCUCUUCAAUACACUCAUAACCAGCUGUAUUCGACCUAAUGCUAAGCAUGUUGCCGACCUGGAGAAGACGAUAAUAAUGGAGCUGACCCCUCUGUCGUGGUGCCAGAUCUCGAUCUCUCUGGAGCACCCUGUAGAGGAGAGUAUGGCCACAGCUGAGUUGGACCUGAGCAAUGUGUCAGCUGUCAAGUGUAAGGUGUACACGUCCUCCAACGAAAACCAUUCGCCCGACUAUGCCACACGCGUGCUACAGAGAUCCCUCUCCAUCCCAGUCACGAUGCGAGCCCUAAUCAAAUCCUGGCAAAAAAUGACCAGCAUAAAAACGGAGGUUGACCAAGGAUCAGGAGCAGGAGGAGGAACUGGAGGAGUAGGAGGAGGAGGUGGAGGGGGAGGAAACAUGAUGAACGACGGAGGAGGAGGAGGAAAUCUAGGAGGCGGAGGAGGAGGUGGCAGUCUAGAUGAGACAAUCCGGAUUAAACCAGAUCCAGAUGGCAUGAUGAUGGAGGAGGAGGAGGAGACGAAUGCUGGCGGGGAGGUAGUGGGUGUGGAGGAGGAAGAGGAGGAGGAGAUGGAGGUGGAAGAGGUGGUGGGGAAGCCAGAGGAGGGGGAGGGGAAGGUGGUAGAGGGAAAGCAAGAGGAGGAGGAGGAGGAUUUGCCGAUGCAUGUGUUGGAAGCAAUCAUUAGUUCGGAUUUGUUGUUGAAUGUGCCCGACCAUUUAAACUUGAAGGAUGCGGUGGAGCUGUUUGGCCUGGGGGGACCACCGCAUGCCACCACUGAACCCCCUCAAACCUCCGCCUCCACAACCGCAAAAGUUGUCGAUGAUGAUGUCGCCGCAAAAGAGUUGAAGAAAGUGUUAAUGUCUGGUGGAGGCGAUGACGAGAAGAAGAAGAAGGUGGAGGUAAAGAAGGAGGAGGAGGAGCCGGAAGAGGAGGAGGAUGACCUCCUGGGAUUGUCCAAGAGUUUAUUAGAGGCAGCCCCGUCUCUUUUGCCUGAUGUUGCCGUUGAACCACUGGCGUUAGCCACUGAUGUUCCCAACUUGCUGGCCACUCUGUCGGGGGAUGUCAGUGAUGUUCCUGCUGCCUCAAAAACUGCUGAACCUGCAACAAAAUCAGGCAAAAAACGCAAGUGGAAAACAGAGGAAGAGGGGGAGAUCGUGGUGGAGUCAUCCAGUAGUGACUCGUCAACAACUCUAGGUAGCAGCAAAGAAGAGGUUGAGGUUGUGUCUAGCAGCACACUGCAACCGGUGCUAAGUUUGUCGCCAUCCUUGGAGCCACCGGAACCCAAGAAGCGGUCGCCCAACUCGAUUCUGCAGGAUUUGGAGAAUAAAAACCUGGUGCCUCCCACAGUCAGCAUCACUCCCAUCACAACAUCCAACAUUAACUCUGUUUUGGGGUUGGAGAGACGUCCUGGCAUUGAGUUGAUUCCAAUCGCCAGCCCCAUGACGAGUUCUAGCAGCAGUAGUAGUAUCACAAUUACACCGAUUUCAAAAAACGGGGGGAGUGGGGGUGGAGGAAGUAGUACUAGUAGUAGUAAGAGUAGUAGGGGAAGUAGUUCUAGUAGCAGUAAGAGUAGCAGUAAUAGUAGUGAAGAUAAGGACAAGAAGAGGAAGAGGAGGAGAGAGGAUAAUUUCAUGGGGCCUCCCAAGCAAGAUCCGUUGUUGAAACCGGUUUCAGUCAGUAUUAAACCAACGGAUUGUGGAGGCUCGCCUAGACCAGUGUCUCCCAGCAGCUCCAAAACCCCCAGCAAGUCCACAAAACAUAGUCAUAGUCCUGUGUACACAUCCAGUCCCAAAAGCAGUCCCAAACACCGCACGUCUUCCCCGUCUGGAAAACCUAGCAUGUCUGCACUGAAAUCUGCCUCGUCUGUCAGCUCACCCAAGCCUGACAGUUCUAAAAGUAGUAGUAGUAAGUCUAAAGAUUCUGGUGGUAGGGAUAAAGACAAGAAGUCUAGUAGUGGUCAUCAGAGUCCCAAGUUGAAGUCGUCGACUGUCAAACUGAAGCCACUGGAUUUGGGAAGUGGUGAUGUGGCAGGGGCGAAUCCAGGGGUGGGGGGCAGUGGAGGGGGUAGUAGUACACCCCCCAGUGGUGAGAAGUUGUUGCAGCCGCAGCAGAUCCGCAACCGCAAGGGUUCACUGUCAGCAGUCAUUGACAAACUGAAAUCCGCCCAACAUUGUGGCGAUGGUAUUGUGCUGGAAGGUGGGGCCAGUGUGUCAGCAUCAACCAACGUCAAACUGUCACCUAGUGGAGGUGCAGCUACAGCCUCUGGUGCCACCCCAACCUUGUCCAAAGAUGCUGCCAAAGUGGGUGGCUCAGGUGUGGUGAAAUCUGCCUCUGGCGACAAACUGGGCCCUAAAGCUCCCGGUGAUAGUAAGGUGCCUGGUGAAUAUAUGGUCAAGCACAGUUCAGAUGGGAUGAAGAUCACCAUCAACAAGACACGUGCCAAAGACUCGUCCAAAGCUAAGAGUAGUGGUAGUAGCAGUUCUGUAGUCCCAUCUGGGUCGGGUUCCCCUAAAACUCACACCGGUCUGAAGCCAGGAGUGAACAGUGGUCCUGCUUCCAAGAAACCACAGUCGAGUGCGUCUAGUAGCAGUUCUUCAUCUUCCUCGUCUCAGCGUGUGAGUGCUAGUGGAACCAAGGUGCUGAGCAAAACAGCCAAAACAGUUUCACCCAACUCCAAAGCCAAAUCAUCGAGUAGUUUGUUGUUGAAAGAUGGUAGUAAACUGAAGACAUCCAAAUCAUCAGUGUCAUCAUCAAGUGGCUCCUCUUCAUCAUCAUCAUCUUCUAUCUUUGCCAAGAGUGAUCUGAAGAAGAUGAGUCCACAUCGCAGUGGUGGGGGAGAGGAUGGUGCCAAAACUGAGUUUGGCCUGAUUCCUCCGCAGUUGGUGGUUGAAGGUUUGAUUAAGCAGUUGGAUCCAAACUUUCAGAUUCCAAAGUUGUCGGCCAGGCAGAACAAUAAUAACAACAACAAUAGUAGCAGUGUGAACAACAAUAUGACAAUGUCAUCAUCAUUGGGUGGUGAUGAUGCUGGUAAGAAAGGAGGGGUAGUUGUGAAUGAUAGUGGUGGGAGUAAGGUGGCGAGUGGAGGGGGUAAUAGUUCUAUGGGGUCUUCUUCGACAAGCUCUAGUAGUACAAGUUGUGUUGUUGAGUCUAAAUCAGUGAGUGAUCCAGGAACUCAUCCAUCACGGAUUGAUGGCCUCAGAGCAGCAGCUGCAAUGGGUUUGAAAUUUGAAGGUAGUGAUUUUGGAGGGAAGUCAGCUGAUUUUUUAGGGUCUACCUCCACCACUACCGGUACAGUUACCAGUAGUGGUGGGGGGGCUGCUGUGUCAUCAGCACUGCUUGAGUCGGCUUCCAGUCUGCUGCGUGGUUCAGUUGAUAGUUUUGCUGCAAAGAUUGAGGAGAAAAUGCUGGAUCUCACGUCUACCAGUUCAGAUGUAGUGGUUGAUUUGAAAAAAGUGUCACAGAAAGCUUCAAGUAUUUUGGCAGCUACCACCUCGACAGCAUCCCAGGAAGCAGCUGAGAUUCUGUUGGACAUGUCAACAUCAUUGCAAGCAGCAAACAAGAUGCUAAGUGCAGGUGACAAGCUGUUACCAGACAAAUUGGUGCCAAAUGUAGGUCCCAACACUGACAAAAUGGCACCCAAUGUAGGACUAAACACUGACAAAACUGCGCCCAAUGUGGGACUAAGCACUGACAAAAUCGCGCCCAAUGUGGGACUAAGCACUGACAAAAUGGUCACUAAUGUGGGACUUAACGAAAAAAUUGCACCCACAAGUUUCUCACCACUUUUAGCCAUCACCCACCACAAACGCAGCACCCCUCCUCCCUCCACUUCAACUACCCCUCUCCCUCCACCCUUGCCAGUUACAUUUUCUGUGCCCUCACCUUCGGUUUCUGUGCACAUUGUCAAGUCACCGGCUCCAUCACCGCUAAUAAUUCCUUCACCACAUUCUGCAUCACCCUGUAUCACAGACGAUGAACUCAUGGAUGAGGCACUGGUCAAUAUAGGCAAAUAGCAGCUAGCUGUUGUUUAGGGCUGUGAAACAUGCACCAGUAAUGUUGUAUGGGUGUGAAACAUAUUCCAAUACUGAGGUCACAUAUUGUUAUAUAUGGGAAUAAAAACAUGUAUAUCACAAUAUAGUACAGUAUUGUUGUAUGGGAGUGAAACAUGUAUCCAUGGUGACAGUUGUUAGUGAAUCUCACUGUAGCUGUUGUAUAGGGAUGUAGAGUUUGGACCAGGUUUGCUAUAUAGCUUCGAAACCUGUAUCAUAAUAUAGACCAGCAUUACUUUUAUGGGUGUAAAAUAUGGUCAAUUACUGUAAUCAAUUUUUUGUAUUCUAUUCUGUAAUAGUUAUUUACUGUUCAUGAUUGAAAAGUUGUUUUGUUUCAAAUGAUUGUAGCCUAUCGAUGCCAAAAUGAAGAAACGUUUGAUUUGUAAUAGAACAGUCUGCAGACAGGAAAGUAGUAGCAUAGAGAAACAAUAGCGUAAGUAGAUAUGGCAUGGUAUAGGGCGUUUAUAUCGCAACUUUUACUG